CACUGUAGUAUACAGCUUGAUUGCAAACUUUCAUUCGGCAUGUGUCCCUACUAUUAAUAGGUGUUGUAGACAUGAAAGUGUGUGUGAUUCUAUUCGUUGCCUUGGUCGCUAUUCUUGCAACCCUGCGUUUAACUGAGGCAUGUUCAUGUAGUCCUGAACAUCCACAACACUUGUUCUGCAAAUCAGACUAUGUUGUUAAAGUUUUGAUAAUGAGCAAGAAAGAUGUCAUAAUUGAAGAAGAUGGAACAAUUAUUGAUAUAGAGCCUGAAAAGGAAGAACUUCCGGAGAAAGAUGUCACUUUAUUACCGGAAGAUUUUGAAGAAGUUCCAACGACGACAUACCCGCCGGAGACUGCAGCCCCUGCUCCUGUACAAGGAGAAGUCCCGGAGGAGCAGGGAGGAGAAGUGGAAGAACCAACUGCAGAUGAAGUGGGAGGAGAAGCGGAAAAUCCAAUUGUAGAGGAGGUGGGAGGAGAACAGCCGAGAGGAAAUCAGACAGAAGGACUCCCGGAAGAAGAUGAAGUAGUCAUCACCGAUAUCUCAGAGGUGGCUUCGGAUCAACCUGCAGUGAAGGAAGAAGCUUCAGAAGAUCCAGGAACGGGAAGAGAAAUCGUUUGGCCUCAUAUAAGUACAAGCAGUGAGCAACGUGUGCCGAUCGUCGGACCAAUCGAAACACAGCCAUCAGGUGGCGCCGAAGUGCCUCAACCGGUUGUGCCGGAGUUGGUGGUUGUUGAUGACGUCACACAAGACGGGGAGGAGGUUUUAGUUAGCCCCGAUGACGUCAAUGGUGCUGAAUCUGCAGCCUCAAUUCGUGUGCCAAGAUACGCGUAUAGGCAUCUUGGACCAGAUGGUGCAAUGCCAGGAAGCAAACGGUUUUUUGUUGGAAUUAGAGGCAAGCCACUGGGACUGGUGGCGCAGGAUGCGGCCCCUGGUUCAGCGUCUCAAAAUCAACUUUCAAGCCGAAACAAGAGAAAUAUUAUCCGCAGAAAUGCACCACCUGGUUUGAUUCGGCCGUCUAAUGAAAUACCAUCGGUUCGUCUCAACCCAAACGACUUUACAAUACGUGUUAGAAUGCACACUCAAUAUAAAAUACGCAUUAUGAAGGUAUUUAAAGGUGACGUCAGCAACGAUACAAUGUAUCUUUACACACCGCCGUCUAGCUCCCUCUGCAGGAUGCAUUUGAAUUUAAAAACACCUUACGUUAUAAUGGGAAGCAUAAGAGAUGGGAGACUUCACGUUAGCUACUGUAAUUACAAGAUCGACGCCUCAACGUUGAAACGUGUUGAGUUACGCCACCUUACAAGUACAAUCAAACACAGGUUCACAAAAGCUUGCAGAGACUGCCGUGUGAAUAUAUGCAACAACGAGCCGUGCCCAGAAAUGUCGAAAGUUGCCGGCGAAUGCAACUGGCGGAAUAUAUACACUCUGCGACAUAGAAAAGCCAACGAGUUUGCCUGUGUCCGAAAAAAGUCGGGAAAAUGCGACUGGUUCAACGCUCUUCACCCUAACAUGAGGCCCGACGACUUGGACGAGGAAGGCGCAGUCGAUUCGCCAUGAUAGCAAAAUUUAGGAGAAAAGACUAUUAACUACUUGCAGCCGCCUACAACCCGGAAUUUUUACUACCAUAGAUUCUCCUAAUAAGAAUACCAGUGUUUUACACGCAUUACUAUAUGCCACGAGCUUGCUUUAUACAUUAGAACGUUGUAUAUACAAAACUACACAUCGUAUUAUAUGUACACAUCUUCAAACCGUUAACUAUAACAUCAAUUCCAACACAUCGCUUUGCUGUAUAACUGAAAUAUCGAGCACCGUACAAGACAUUCAUGUUACACAUGUACAAAUUUUUCUCCAAUAAAAGAUGUAAAAACUGUA